UCUAAUCUUUACAGAAUUAACACAACAAUAGAUACCAUGAAUAACAUUGCAAAUAAUUUUCCAAUGGAGAAGUCUGUACCGAAUGUGAUGCUGUCUGUGGAAUCACUUCCCGAAAGUAAGGUGCAAGAAAUAUCACUAAAUGGUACUGAAACUUACUUCAAAACAUUAACAAUGUCUGAGAAUCUUUGUAAAAUGGCAACCAAAAUUGACUUUCUCAAUACUGAAGAGGAUAGUAAAGAAGAGGAUGAUAGUGAAGUUCAUACAUCGUCUUUUCAAACUCAACGAUGGCCUUGGGAAAGUAUUCGUAACCACCUUCAGCAAGCUCUUACAGAGAUUAAUGUCCUAACUGAUGUGUUGACGAUUACACAAAAUAAGGGACCACCAAAAAACGAGGCAACCAUGACUGAAGGCGGAAAAUAUAUGAUGUUCGAUCAUGCUCGAAAAGAAGGUACAACAGCAGUAAAAUUGAGUCAACAAUUACCGACAAAGAAAAAGGGACUGAAUGCAGCUGCUGAUAUACUCUUGAAGGGUGAGAAAAGUCUGAGAAACGCCGGAGAAGAGGUUGUGCCUGAUCUUGGAUACCAUUUUCAUCUUCUCAAACUUCGGAAGUAUUGGAGAAUUCGUAAAGUUGGAUCUAAGGUACUUGGUGAUUUUAGUUAUCGGACAACUGGCUCUGAUUACGGGCACCCAGGCAACUUUGAAGUGAUCAAAGCCACAACUGAUGAUGCAGAUUCUGAAGAAACCAAAAGCUCCAUGCCAUAUUCGUUCCCACAAAAGCCCUUAGAUAGAGUUUCUCAACAACCAGGGCUUAAAGUGAUCAUUGGUGCUGAUUUAAAAUCUUCGACAUGCAUUCGUUUGUGCCUCAAAAACAGCGGAGAAUCAGAUAUUUCCAUUGACCUUCCAAAUUCACCCCAUUUCGACAGCCUUAUAAUUCCAAAUGAACCAGAAUGGCAUAAGACAUUGAGUAAUGCCCAGAAUACUCUUUUGUGCCGAGAAUUGUUUAACAAGCUUGCGAAAGAAGCUGUACAGCUGAAGACUAGUGCAACGGUAAUUCCCUUUUCUGUGGUGGGCAGUAAAAUAAGCACAAAAAUAUUCCCUGAAAUGGAAUUUUCUAUAGAGCUCAUUAAGAAAAAUUUGAAUGAAACAUCCCAUCAAAAUCUGCCCCGAAAAGCAAUCAGAACCGAAGGGCAUGGUAUAUUUAGUCUAAAACUGGCAUCUAUUAAGCUUUUACUUGAUCAACACAAAAAGAUGUUCAAGGUACCAGCUCCCCAUCCUGUGACGGCGACGUUUGGUCUCUCAAAAAUUCAACGCAAAGCGCCAACAACUCCAUUUGUUCUCUCGCAAGUUCAAACUUUUACAGAAACUGAAGGGAAGUCCAUGAUAGAGCAUUUAGUGGGAAUGGCAAAGCAUUGGGAACUAAAAAGAAAGGUUUGCAAAGUAAUUGAUAUGCUGGGAAAUUCUAUAAGAGAUCCAUACAUGCAAGCACAUUGGUCAACCGUUGGCAGUCCUAUGGAAACAAGUGUAUGUAUUGUUAUUACAAGUGCAGGUUAUGAAGCUUGCAAUAGGACUUUAGUCAAUAUGACUGUUGGUACAGAUAAUGUGAAAGCAGUACAGAAAGAUGGACAUGCAGUAUAUUUAUCUUCAAAUUUCCACCAUAUACAUGAUUAUCUUCUUUCUCUGUUAUGUUCGCAUCAACUAAAUACCAUACAAGAAUUAUGUAAUAUUUUGGGUUGGACCAUUCAACACUUCUCCCUACACUCGGGUAUUGGACACAAAACUGCAUUUGGAAGCGCUGGAACUCUAAUGGCUGCUUCUCGUAGUGGUAAUUCUGCAAUAUCCGUUCGUUGUUGGAUCGAACGUAAGAAUGGUCGAUCUGUACCAGAUGAUCAAAUUUGUUAUGUGGUACACGAGCAAACUAUUCAUCCAGACACUUUGGAAGGUGAAUUCUUGAGUCAAUCAUCUUACCAAUACUCUGAGCAAAGCUCGAUUCAGAAUCCAAAAUGGUCGCUCGUCGGUGCUGAAUGGCGACAGGUAGAUUGGAUAAAAUUAUAUGGAAAGUUUUUCAUUUCUAAAGUGGAGAGUUUGUUGACAUUUUCAAAUACUAAUUAAUGAAAUGUGAAGCAUGUGUUAUCACUAUAUAGAUUCUAUGCACCAAUUUGUGCCAUUUAUGUGGGAUCGCUGCCAACUCCCCAUGCAGUUUGGUUCAUGUUGCCUACAUAUGAAAAACAAAAAUAUUUUGUGGAAUAUGUGGGGAGAAUUACAGAUGGUUGGAAACUUUUUGUGCAUAUAUUUUCAACAAAAGUGUACUCGACUCUUCUGCACCUUAAGUAGAAGCUAUUCUGGUCAUUUCAUGUUCUGACAGUUACGCCUGCCAUUCCCAGCUGUU